CCCCUUUACGGCCAGCUCCUCCCCAUGCUCGCCAGCCCCCAUAAAAGUGCUGCCCUGGGUGAGUGCUGGCAUCCACCACUGCCUCCUAGCUCAGCUUGGGAAAAGGGCUCAGCUCCAUCCCAUCCCACCAAGAUGUCUUGCUAUGACCUGUGCCCACCAAAAACCAGCGUGGCCGUGCCCCAGCCCAUCGCUGAGAGCUGCAACGAGCUGUGCGCGCGCCAGUGCCCCGACUCAACGGCCUUCAUCCAGCCACCGCCCGUCGUCGUCACCUUCCCCGGCCCCAUCCUCAGCUCCUUCCCCCAGCAAGCCGUGGUGGGCUCCUCCGGAGCACCCGCCUUUGGGGGCUCCUUGGGACUGGGGGGCCUCUACGGCGCCGGGGCCACUCAGGGCUCGGGGGGCCUCUGCACCUUUGGCAGACCCUACGUGUCUCCUGCCUGCAGCCCCUGCCCCUUGCCCCGCUACAGCAGGAAGUUCUGGAACACCUGUGGGCCCUGCUAAACCCAUGCUCAAACCUUUUCUCUUCUUCCUUCAUCAUCCUCUUGCCAAGUUUUAACGCCUACUUUGCCUUUUAUGACCCUGAACUGAGCCCUGUGCUGGCCACUGCCUCGAAGAUGCCUCCAGAAACGCUUCUCCUGAAGACCUAGGCACCUCCGUCCUGCCUAGGACUCUAGUACGUCUUUGAUGUUCUGUCCGUUCCUGUCUUUACAAUAAAAUAAGCUUGCAUCCUA